CACCCCCAGAGUCAGCGAACGGGGGCUGCGACGGUGGCGGCGGCGGCGGCGGCGGCUGCGGCGGCAGCGACAACGACGGCUGCAGCGGCGGCAGAGGCGGUGGAGGAGGGGACUUGGGAGGGGACGCCGGGGGAGGGGCGGCCGGCGAGGACUGCACAGGAGGGCCACCAGAGUCAGAAGACUCCUCAACCGGGUCCUCCGACGGAAGGGGGGUGACGUGGGACACACCAAAGGGGGCGGGACGGGGAGGAGGAGGAGGAGGGGCAGGGACUACCGGGGAAGGAGUGACCAGGAACAGGGGGGGGGUAACCGGGUGACCACGGUGGAGGAAGCGACGGUAGUAGG